AUGGCGGGAGCUGCUGCCAUGAGGCCCUUCGCCUCGGCCAGCCUGCUUGCCCACCUUCGCCAAACCGGCGGUCGCGCAUUCUCCACAGCUUCAUCCCGCUCGUCACUGCUCGCCCCUCGAGCUCGAGUAGCUUCGAGGGCGCCAUUGAGGCAGCCUACGCUUCGCCUCGCCUUUCGACGCAACUACAAUGACAACAUCAACCCCGAGACAAAGGCCACGGUCAAGAGGAGGGGCUUCAAGUUCUUCAAGUGGCUGUGGCGGGCGACAUAUCUCUCGGCCAUCGGCGGAUUGAUCUAUGUGGGAUACGGCAUCUUCGAGAUGCGGCAUCCGCCCGACCAGGUUGAUCCGGAUCCGAGCAAGAAGACGCUGGUGAUCCUCGGUACCGGCUGGGGCUCCGUCUCCUUGCUGAAGAAGCUCGAUACCGAAAACUACAACGUCGUUGUCAUCUCGCCGCGCAACUACUUCCUGUUCACGCCCCUCCUCCCGUCAUGCACUACCGGUACUAUCGAACAUCGCUCCAUCAUGGAGCCUGUUCGCAACUUCCUGCGGCACAAAAAGGCCGCCGUGAAGUUCUACGAAGCCGAAGCCACCAAGAUUGACUACGAGAAGAAGGUCGUGUACAUCAACGACGAGUCGGAGAUCAAGGGUGACGUCACGUCUACUGAGGUUCCUUUCGACAUGCUCGUAGUGGGCGUUGGCGCCGAAAACGCGACGUUUGGUAUUCCCGGUGUCCGCGAACAUGCCCUAUUCCUCAAGGAAGUCAACGACGCCCAAGCGAUCCGGAAGCGUAUCAUGGACUGCUGCGAGACUGCAACUUUCAAGAACCAAGAUCCCGAAGAGAUCAAGCGCCUCCUACACAUGGUUGUCGUUGGUGGCGGACCCACUGGCGUCGAGUUUGCCGGCGAACUGCAAGACUUUUUUAACAACGACCUGAAGAAAUGGAUUCCCGAUAUCACAGACAACUUCCACGUCACGCUCGUUGAGGCUCUACCCAACGUCCUGCCCAUGUUCUCGAAGCAACUGAUCGACUACACCGAGAAGACCUUCAAGGAAGAAACCAUCACCAUCCGCACCAAAACCAUGGUCAAGAACGUCACAGACAAGUACAUCGAAGCCGAGUCCGCGGGGCCAGACGGCAAGAAGCAGCUCGAGAAGAUCCCGUACGGUCUCCUUGUCUGGGCUACCGGCAACGCCGUCCGCCCCGUCGUCAAGGACCUGAUGAGCCAGAUCCCCGCGCAGAAGGACUCCCGCCGCGGCCUCGCCGUAAACGAAUACCUUGUCGUCAAGGGCACCGAGAACAUCUGGGCGGUGGGCGACUGCGCCGUCGCGAACUACGCGCCCACGGCGCAGGUGGCCUCUCAGGAAGGCGCCUUCCUCGCGCGCCUGUUCAACCAGAUGGCCAAGACCGAGGCGCUCGAGUCGAGACUCAAGGAGCUCUCCGAGGCGCAGGAGACGGCGCCGAACAAGCAGGCGCGCGACGAGGUGUUUACGAAUAUCAAGGAGCUGCAGAGGCAGCUAAGACGCGUCAAGCAGAUUGGCCCGUUCGAGUACUCGCAUCAGGGCAGUCUGGCAUAUAUCGGCAGCGAGAAGGCUGUUGCGGAUAUCAGCUGGUUGACGGGGAACUUCGCCACUGGUGGUACCCUGACCUACUUCUUCUGGAGGAGCGCGUACCUGAGCAUGUGCUUCAGCACGCGCAACCGAAUCCUGGUGAUCAUGGACUGGGUGAAGGCGAAGCUUUUCGGCCGCGACGUCUCGCGCGAGUAG